AUGACACUGGACCAGGCCACUCGCAAGUGCCACAGCCGAGAGGCUUUGGAGCAGGACGGCUGUUCGCAGUGUCACCUUGGCCGGGCCACGAAUGGCAGAACAUCGAUGUCGUCUGAUGAGGUAGUUAAUUCAUGGUGUUGGGUGAAGAGAUUUGAAGGUCGGUUCAACCAGAAGACGACAGCUGUCGAUUGGCUUUACUGGAACAUUUAUGAUGACGCUGUUUCCGAGGCAAUCUCCUUCGAUUCCGGCGAAAAGGUACACGAAACCCGAAGUGAUGGCUCAAAUUUUUCCCUUCUCAUCUCUUCCUUUGCUGUGUCUCUCUACCUCCAUCUCAUCGCUUAUGUCCCGUUCAUUCUCAGUCGUGGCAUCCCCGUUGGUGUCGCGAGUGGUCCGGGCGCAUGCAGGUUUAACGGAGUCUACUCCUCGUGGUUGUACCCUGCGAGACCCCUUCCACCGCCCAGCCUCAAUUGGCCUUUUCUCGUAGGCCCCUCUGGACGUGGUACAAGUCGAGACGACCUGUCGGGUAGUUUCCCACCCGAAUCUGUCGGCGUGGAAAAGGCUGUUAAAGCCAGUACAGCCCAGCAGAUCUCGAUGGAGUGCAGAGGCGUU